AGCCAUGGACUGUUACACUGCGGACUGGAACCCCCUCGGGGAGGCGGCCUUCUAUCGGAAGUUUGAGCUCUAUACCAUGGACUGGGACCUGAAGGAACCACUCAGAGACUGCCUGGUAGCUGCGGCUCCUUACGGGGGCCCCAUUGCUCUAUUGAGAAAUCCUUGGAAGAAGGAGAAGUCACCUAGUAUUCGUCCAUUGCUUCAAAUUUAUUCAUCCUCUGGAGUGUCUCUAGCCAGCUUGUUGUGGAAGAGUGGGCCAGUGGUGUUACUGGGCUGGUCAGCAGAGGAGGAGCUGCUAUGUGUACAAGAAGAUGGCUCUGUACUGGUCUAUGGGCUGCAUGGUGACUUCCGGAGACACUUCAGCAUGGGCAAUGAGGUGCUCCAGAACCGGGUUCUGGACGCCCGAGUGUUCCACACAGAGUUUGGGUCAGGGAUUGCCAUCCUCACUGGUGCCCAUCGUUUUACACUCAGUGCCAAUGUAGGUGACCUGAAGCUUCGUAGGAUGCCUGAGGUGCCAGGACUCCAGGCUCUGCCCUCAUGCUGGACGGUUUUGUUCCAAGAUAGAGUGACCUUUGUGCUUUUAGCUGUUGGUCCUGACCUCUUCCUGUUAGACAAUACAGCCUGCUCAGGGGUGGUGCCCCCUGGCUUGGCUCCGGGAGUGGGUGGCUUCCUCCAGAUGGCUGUGUCCUUCAAUUAUCGGUACCUGGCAUUAUUUACUGACACAGGCCAUAUUUGGAUGGGCCUGGCUUCCCUUAAGGAGAAGCUUUAUGAGUUCAACUGCAACAUACGAGCCCCACCCAAGCAGAUGGCCUGGUGUAGCCGCCCAAAGGGCAAGCAAAAGGCUGUCGUGGUGGCCUGGGAGCGACGGCUUCUGGUAGCUGGAAAUGUACCUGAAAGCAUCCAGUUUGUACUAGAUGAGGAUUCCUAUCUGGUGCCUGAGCUGGAUGGAGUUCGGAUCUUCUCACGAAACGUCCAUGAAUUUUUACAUGAAGUUCCAGUGGCCAGUGAGGAGAUCUUCAGGAUUGCUUCCAUGGCCCCAGGAGCUCUUCUACUGGAGGCCCAGAAGGAAUAUGAGAAAGAAAGCCAGAAAGCGGAUGAGUAUCUCCGGGAGAUCCAGGAGCGGGAACAGCUGCCCCAGGCCGUCCGGCAGUGUAUUGAGGCUGCUGGCCACGAGCACCAGCCUGAAAUGCAGAAGAGCCUGCUCAGGGCAGCCUCCUUUGGAAAGUGUUUUAUUGACAAGUUUCCACCAGACACCUUUGUGCGCAUGUGUCAGGACCUGAGAGUGCUCAAUGCUGUACGAGACUAUCCCAUUGGAAUCCCUCUCACCUAUACCCAAUACAAGCAGCUCACCAUCGAAGUUCUGCUGGACAGGCUGGUGUUACGGCGACUCUAUCCUCUGGCCAUUCAAAUCUGCGAGUACCUUCGACUUCCUGAGGUUCAAGGUGUCAGCCGCAUCCUGGCUCACUGGGCCUGCUACAAGGUACAGCAGAAGGAUGUGUCGGAUGAAGACGUCGCUCGUGCCAUUAACCAGAAGCUUGGAGAUACACCGGGUGUCUCCUAUUCGGACAUCGCUGCCCGCGCCUAUGGCUGUGGCCGGACCGAGCUGGCCAUCAAGCUGCUGGAAUAUGAGCCCCGCUCUGGGGAGCAGGUGCCACUUCUGCUGAAAAUGAAGAGGAGCAAACUGGCCUUGAGUAAGGCCAUUGAGAGCGGGGACACUGACCUAGUGUUUACAGUUGUCUUACACCUGAAGAACGAACUGAAUCGUGGAGAUUUCUUCAUGACCCUCAGGAACCAGCCUGUGGCUCUGAGUCUGUAUAGACAGUUCUGCAAGCACCAGGAGCUGGAGACACUGAAGGAUCUUUACAACCAAGAUGACAAUCACCAAGAGCUUGGCAACUUCCACAUCCGAGCCAGCUAUGCUGCUGAGGAGCGGAUCGAGGGCAGGGUAGCAGCCCUUCAGACAGCAGCUGACGAAUACUACAAGGCCAAGAAUGACUUUGCUGCUAAGGCCACAGAGGAACAGAUGCGACUCCUGCGGCUGCAGCGGCGCCUGGAGGAUGAGCUGGGUGGGCACUUCCUGGACCUGUCUCUGCAUGACACAGUGACCUCCCUCCUCCUCAGUGGGAGCAACAAGCGUGCUGAGCAGCUGGCUCGGGACUUCCGAAUCCCUGACAAAAGGUUCUGGUGGCUAAAGCUGACUGCAUUGGCCGAUCGGGAGGACUGGGAAGAACUAGAGAAGUUUUCCAAAAGCAAGAAGUCACCCAUUGGAUAUUUGCCCUUUGUGGAAGUGUGCAUGAAACGACACAACAAAUUCGAAGCCAAGAAGUUUGCUGCUCGAGUGAGCCCCGAGCAGAGAGUCAAGGCCUUCCUCCUCAUCGGGGAUGUGGCUCAGGCUGCAGAUGUGGCCAUUGAACACCGGAAUGAGGCAGAGCUAAGCCUUGUCCUGUCCCAUUGCACUGGGGCCUCAGAUGGAGCCACAGCUGACAAAAUUCAGCGUGCUAGGGCCCUGGCCCAGAGGAAAUGAGGAGCCUCCACUCACUCCAAGCCUCUCUCAGAAGUAGCUUUGGAGAGGGAGAGGGAGCUGGGACUAUGGGGACCUGGUUGGAGCAGAGCAUGGCUGAAACUGUAAAUAAAGUCUAAGUUCUUCCUCCUCA